CAUAAAGAGAAAUCUAAAAACAUAAUAUUAGAAGAUAAUAACUUACGAUUCGUUAAAACUGAGUUUUAAGGAAUUUAUCGAAAAUAAAUUUAUAUAUAUGAAUUAAUGUCAAUUCGAUUAACACAUCAGAAUUAGUAGAGUGAGAAAAACAAUUAACUGAGAAUUCAACGAGAACUGAUUGAGUGCAAACGUUUACGAAAAAUGCAAAUGAUGUUUGGAACAAUUUUAUGUGUUUUAUUGAAAGGUUUAAUAUUGACAAAGGCAACUAUCACGCCGAAGGAUGAUAACACUUCAAACAUCCUUCAAGAAGAAAGUAUUUCCAUGUAUCUGGAUUUAAAUUUCACGCAGGAUAUUUCAAUGUCCGAGAAAAGUGAACAUCAUAUACUAAAAUUCAAAUCUGACCGAAGUUCUGAUAGUACUGUGAGAAAUAAGCGAGAAGUCGAUGAAGUUGUACUUGCAAAUAAUUUUAUCAUUCCAGAAUCUAUCGGAAGCUUAAAAUCUUUAGAAAGAUUGAGCAAGCCAAUAACUUUCAGAGCAUUUGUACAAUUCGACAGUCAAUUUAUAGAAAAAGUAAACGACAUUUUUGUGACAUUGAGAUGGAACCAACCAGAAUUUGCCGAUGAAAUAAUACAAGUGUACCAAGUGCAGUGUUCUUCCUUCGAGGACUUUAAAGAAAUCUGGGACGAUAAAAAUAUCACAGCUACAAAAUUGGAGCACACGGUGCACAAUCUAUCAUCUAACACGACAUAUUAUUUUCGAGUACGUGCGCAUACUAAAAUUGUUGCUGGUCCUUACACGGAUUUAAUCAAUGUGUCGACUACACAUGAAAAUCCAAUACCUAAAUUAUUAAUGACAUCCAGAUAUGGUAUGCAAAUAUUGGACGUGGAUUUAAGAAUUACUAAUACCUUAACGUCAGGAAAUGUACAAUAUGUCGUUUAUUCGAUACAAGAACAUAGAAUUUUUUGGAGUGACGAUCGUAAUCUAAUGACAUCGAAGAUUAAUGAAAAUAAUAUCAUAAAAAUAGCUAGCUUUGAUUUUUAUCUAUAUAAUCUCUGCAUUGACUGGGUAGCAAGAAAUCUAUAUUUCAUGUAUUAUAAGUCCUACCAUCAUAUUGUAAAGUUCGACUUAACAAUGUGGGAAAAUGGCAUAAUUAAAUUUGAUGAAAUUGUCAAAUUAUCAGACGUUAAUAUUUUCCUUUUAAAUGUGUCACCGUCUAUGGGAAUUUUAUAUUACGUACCAUACAAUUGGGAGAAUACAGAAUAUAAUAUAACAAAAUAUCAUCCCGAUAAAAAAAUUGAGCAAAUUGUUUCGAUAAAUAAAUCCUUGUGCCUAUUUCAUGAUGAAGAUACAUCUGUUUAUCAAGUGAUAUUUGAAAACAUAAAUAAUGAGGAGCCGUUAAUUUACUGGUUAUUUUCUAAUCGCAUAUUUGUGACAGACACUAACGUUUCUAUAUGCAGUAAGAUUUUACACAAAGAAAACAUAAGUGAUAUCUCCCGUUUCUUAACUAUGACGAUUGACAAAAGAAACAUUUACAUUUUAGCAAAUGAUUAUAGAGAUGAAUUUUCUCUUUAUGUUUUGAAAAAGAAAUAUGCAAGUCUCAAGAGUGUAAAUGCAGACAAAUAUGUUGAAAAGAUAAUAAGCUCAAUUGGAAUUAAUAAAUUUUAUGAAAUUCAAUCCUUUGAUCAUUCUUUACAACCAUAUCCUCCAAUGAGAUGCCUCACACCUGACGAGAAAGUUUAUAAUUUUAAGAAUGUGAAUACAACAACAAACAGCAUCAUUGUGAAUCUUCCGGAGCCAGUUGUAAAGAAUGGAUGCAAAAAAUAUAAUUUACCAACUACUAUAUAUACUAUCUCUGUAAGCCAUUGUUUAGACAACAACCUCAAUAAACCUGAAAAAUUCAAUGUGCUGCGAUAUGUGACGUGCGAGCGAUAUUACGAGAUUCAGAAUUUAACACCAUUUACAGAGUACAAGUUGAAGUUUACUUUGAGCAAUUUUUACUUUGAUCAAUUAUCGAUAAAUCCAUUCGAUUCGAAUGUGAUAUCAGUAAAAACUAAUUUAGGCAAGCUUAAUGCACCAGAAAACAUAAGUGUUUUAGUUUUGACGCCUACUAUAGCAAUAGUUCAUUGGAUGCCACCCAAGAAAUUGAAUUGCGUGGGCGUGACCUACGAAGUACAUUACAAGUCAGUUAUAUUAGUGAACGGCAUGCAACAAAAGAGCAAACAAUUUAUUAAUAUGCCGAAACGUAUGGUAGAUGGCAGAUUUUUCGCAAAGAUUAACUUGUUGCUACCAGUACAAGAUUACUUGAUAUACGUGCGUGUGUAUCCAAGUAAUUUCAGUGAUUUGUACAACGAGAGUUUAAGCAAGAUCGUUCACAUAUCCUCAGAACCAAACAAUAUUACUUUGAGCGGGGUCGACAUAAAUAGCAUGAACAUUUCAUGGAUCUCCAACAUUAAUCUGACGAUGUUUUGUACACUAGAGUACAAAGAGAUUGCAGCAGAAAAGUGGCAAACAAUGAAUUAUUUUAAAAUGAAUUAUAACAAUGAAGUAAUGUACCCUGUCAAAAAUUUACAAUCGGGAACUUUAUACAAGUUUCGCUUGAUAUUGAUAUAUCUCGAAUAUGAGGAAACUUUUAUAUGGCCGACUGAUGAAAGAUUUAUUUUUUCAACACGUGGUAGCAAACGUGAUAUUCCGAGCACUCCUGGAAUAAUAGGAAUAAAUAUUACUUAUUAUUGA